AUGUCGAAUUCUGACCAAAAAGAGUCACUGGUUGUAUUGAAGAAAACUUCCAAAACCCAGUUUUACGCUCAGUUAUUUGGCAUUUUCUGUUUCGGAUUCGUUUUGAGUACUAUUCUGGUUACUUCAAUCUUUGUUGCUUUUCAUUUUCUUUGGAGUGCGAAACCUGCAAUUUUACUGGAAAACUCGAAAAAUGCUUUUAUUUUGUCUGGAAACUACACUCCAUGCAACCGAAGAAUUAUCGGUUGGAGUCGAUUGUAUGACAGAGAAGAGCUCACGAAUGAGCAAAUUUCCAAGAUGACACAUAUCAUUUUUGGACCCAUUACUUGGCAGUAUGGGAUCAUUCGAUUCAGGAAUAAAAUGGAAAAAGAGGUUUUUGAAAGAUUACAAGAGAAAUCAAAAAGUCAUGAUGUCAAACUUCUACUAUCAAUGGAAAUUAAUAACGAGGUGAAUGACCCGGCGACGAAUUUGGCAACUAUAAAAAUGAUAUGGCACUUGAAUUCUUUCCUCGCCACCCAUAAAAUUGAUGGAAUCGAAUUAAACUGGAAAUUUCCAACCAAAAACCUGGCUCAGAUUGUUUAUUUUUGUGAGAAAAUGCGACAGUACAACAAGAACAUGACUAGAGAAUUCAUAUUGGCACUAUCUCUUCCAGCUUCUGAUAUUGGUUUGAACCUCGAAAGUAUUAUGGAGCAUGUGGAUUUUUUGAAUAUAGAAACGGCGGACUACUAUUCUCUAUUGCAACUGGAGCACCCUCAACUGAUUGGUCCGCCGUCGCCGUUGUAUUCUGGACAUGCUGGAGUGGAGAACGUGGACAGUACGAUGACAUACUAUACUUGUGCAACCGAGAAUCCAGAGAAAUUGAAUAUGAAAUUAAUGUUUGGAGGAAGGUACUGGAAAAAUGUCAGAAAGCCAAUUGGGUCUUCUGAACCUUUGUGGAUGUUAGCAGAAAAAUAUCAUGGGAACGUUGAUGGAGAUUGGUUGGCAUGGAAAGAUCUGGAAAAUGGUGGAUGGGAUUUGAAAUCCGCUUCUUGGAACAAUGAAUCAAAAACUCCGUAUAUUUAUGAUCAACUGGAACAAACUUAUUUGGCAUUUGAGAAUGAGAGAAGUUUAUUGGAGAAAAUCAGAUAUGCGAUUGACAAAAAUAUUGGAGGAUUUGUGAUUUGGAAACCAAUUUUUGAUGAUGAAGAGAACACACUUUUGGAUGUGAUGUCUUCAUCAAAGUUCUGCUCAACCCAGGAUAAUAAAACUGCGGUUUUUGAUUGUGAUGUUUAUAAACAAUGA